AUGAAUGAAAUUCUAACGCCACACUAUUUUCGCCAACUUGUACCCGGGAGUCGGGAUAGACGAAACGAAUAUGGAACGAUGCCAUUAUGGCUCCGAUCUAUGCUUAGAACGUUGCGUAUCAUGUAACACUUACCCUCUAUAACUUUAUAUGGACCAUGACUUUGGAGAUAGUUGAAUCAUCUUAGGCCUAACGCUUUAAUUUUUAACCCCUUAUAAUCUACUAUUAUUAAUGGCCACGACCACGUGGUUGAAGAGUAGUGAAAUUAGUUUUCUGUCGUAAUUCUUUUUUUUUUUAAAUUGUAGCACUAUCCAUGAUUUCCUUGUAAUCGUGGUUUCAGAAUGGCCACCCAUGCCGAGCAGUUCAGUGUUCAUUGUACGUGGGAGGUUGAGGGUAACAGGUCAAUAACAGAAGCAGUCAGUUGGGCAUUUGGAACAGAUAGUCCUGACCUGGAAGAAGAGAUUACUCCUGACAACUGUGUACUACUUCAACCUCCGACCUCUGAUGACCACAUAGUUCCAGGAUGUCAGCUGUUUGUCUCUUGUCCUCCCACCCACGUGAUACAUGCUGUUUGCAUUCUCUGUGAGGCCAAGAUGGCUGAAGUUUAUGGCCGACACGGGGAAUACCUGGAGACUGUUCGUAGUCGUCUUAUUGACGAAGUGGAUGGAAUGGUGGUUUUUCGUAUUGAUGUUUCUUUUCGAUCUCCUCCAAGUGAAUGCUGUUUGAAGUUAACAUCCUUGAAAAGCAAGAGCAGCAUGUGGUUAUAUGGACUACAAGUUCAGACCAAACUUGCAGACAUGAAGAGCAGCAUGGUCCUGCCUGCUGUAGAGCAACGACUGAAAAGUAUGGAGCUUCCAUUAAGUGACAGAGCUGAGGCCUUGAAAGACUUUGUUCAGAAGUUUCAACAGCCAAACAUGCCUGUUGGGAACCCAGCUGGAUCUUCUUCAGUAUUUUCCUCAAACAUUCACUCCUCGACACCAGCAGGUACAAUGAAUUUUACUCAUGGUUUUCCGAGGGGAACAAAUGAUUUGAAUCUCCUACUUUCUGCUCUUCAAAACAACCCAGCCUCUGUUCCUACAUCUCUCAAUAAUGUUGAAAUGCUUUAUUCCUUGUUACAGGGACAGUCAGUUGUUACCAAAGGAACACAUCCUCCAUAUUCACUACCGUCGGGAUUAUCGGUCGCUGCAGGAGGAGCUGGGUUAAAUAGCUUUCUUUCAGGACAACAGUAUGCUUCUGCAAGACCUAACCUAACUGGUUCUUUGUCAACAGGACAACCAUUUGGUGUUGGAGGAGCUGGAUUAACCAGUUCUUUUCUUCAAGAACAACAACUUGCUACUGGAGGAUCUGCCUUACCUAGUACCAUGUCAUCUGGACAACUGCAAGCUGCAGGAGGAGUAGGCUUGUCUAAUUUCUUGUUUUCAGGACAACCACUUUCCAAUGGAGUGACAAGUUCCAUCCCAGAACAAAUCUUUGCCGCAGCUUCAUUACCAUCUGGACAACCACUUGCUGCUGGCGGAGUUACUUUAACAAGUUCCAUAUCACCAAAAAACCCAUCUGUUAGUGGAGGAACUGGAUUCCUUAGUCCUUUUACACCUAGACAACCAUUUGUUGCUGGAGGAACAGGAUUAACUGGUCCUUUAAUGCUUGGACAAUCAGUAGUUACAGGAUCUUUGACACCUGGUCAACCAGUUAAUAUUGGUGGAACAGGAUUAACUGGUCCUUUGACACCUGAACAGCCAAUGGCUACUGUAGGUUCUUUGACAUCUGGACAACCAGUUGGUAUUGGAGGAACAGGAUUAAUUGGUCCUUUAACAUCUGGACAACCAGUUAGUAAUGGAAGAAUGGGAUUAUCUAGUAGUUUGACACCUGGACACCCAACUGUUACCGGAACUGGUUCCUUGUCUUCGCAGCCAAUUAGUUCUGAAGGAGCUACUUCCUUACCACAACAACCACUUGUCAAUUCUGCAUUACAACAUGAUGGAACCAAUGUACUGGAGCAUUUAUUGACUGCCCUUCAACAGUUAAAGACAGGAAUUGGAAGUUGUUCAACAACCACUUCUGCAGAAACCCAGAAAGAGACCCCUUCUCCAACAACGAGGGAUCAAAUUUCCAAUAAAGACUUCCAUGAAGUUAUCCAGCAAAUGGAGCAGAAGUUAGUGGAAUUAAUAGGAAAGCAGCUUGAAGAACGCUUUCAAAGAAUGACAGCAGAGUUCCAAGCCAGUCUGCAUGAACACUUCCAAACUUGUCAGCAACAGCUGAUCUUACAAAUCAAAGAGCUAUUAGAGGGCCAGCUUAAGGCCCUAGAGAACCAGCUGACUAUCAAGUUUAGACAGCGAAUGGACGACUUGGAACAGAAGGUGUGUUGUAAGUUAGAUGAACUCACAGAACAACUGAAAGAUGACUCGGAGUAACAGCUAGGAUCAUCUAGUUUAUCUCAAAGUUUCAUAUUUUUGAUAGGUGGAUCACUCUUCCUUAGAUAAGAUUGUAUAUACCACACCUUUUUUUGAUAAAAUGUUCAGAAUUUUAGUAAGAAAUCUGCUCUUUAACAGAGACUAUUAUAACUAUUUAUUGAUGCUUUGUGGGACUGUUUUACUCUUGAACAAGGAAAUUAAAGUCUUCCAACAAUCA